AUGGAUUUUGAUCCUACAGCUUUCGUAGGAGCAAUGCAAUUAUGGGCCAAUCUUCAAUAUUUAGCUUCAUUACAAUCACGACCUGAUCUCAAACAUGAACUAGAGCAUGACAUUGAUGAAUUUCAGACCGAAAUUGAAUGUCUUGAACAAGAAAAGAAAGUUCUCAAGCAAUUUCUCUUCAGACUUGAAGAACGUGUGUCUUCGCUGAGAAAGAAAGCUAAUCAAAAGAAAGCACAAUUGCGACGGCUUAAUAAGCGUCUGGAUAGAAACCCACCAGCUAACUGA